AUGCCGUCCGCAACAACGCAGGCGAAAAAGCGCACUUCUGUUUAUUGCUGUGUUUACGAUUGCCACAACAGCUACGGAAACACAGCUGGGAAGCUCCCAGUGGUAGAGUUUUACCGCUUUCCAGCAAAGCCGUACGAGGCAGAGCGUCGACGGAAAUGGGUUGCAGCGGUGCGGCGCGCAACCGGAGACGGAGACUCCUGGGAACCCGCGAAUGGGCAGGCCAGGAUUUGCAGCUGCCACUUCGUAGGAAACAAAAAAAGCUCCAUCGCUCAGCACCCCGCUUACAUCCCCACGAUCUUCCCUUCGUCGUACAAGGCGAGAUGCAAUGUGACGACGGAGACACAACUGCAACGAUAUGCACGCUGGCAAAACAGGAGGAGCUGGGGAAACUCAGGUGUUUCCUCACAACCUGCAGCUUCAAGGGGGGAACUAGCUGGGCCCUCGACUACAGCAGCUGGGAACUCGGCCACUGAAGACGGUCCGGAGGUCUCUGCUGAACCGCCACUGUCAGAGGGAGACGCCGUGUGGAGUGUUAACGCAUUCACACAGACCGAAAAUGAUGGCGGAGUUGGAGCCUGCAGCUUGUUUUUGUCCGUCGCAUCGGAUGGUGAGGCAUCUACCCAGGUGUCCCAUGCUGUCACUGAAAGUGUUGCUGUCCAAGCAUCAACAGAACGUGCAGAAAUAGCUGUGGGACCUGACAGCCGUACCUGCAUUUUUGCUGGGCAUGAUUCUCUUGUGGGGAAGGUUGGUGCUCUUGAAGAGCUCUGCUCGGUGAGCACAAAUGUUUUCGCUCUGCUACUGCAUUUGCUUUGUUCUAUCGUUGUCAGGGAGACUGAUGUCUCUAUUGAAAACAAACUGAUCAUAUUUCUCGUGAAGUUGAAGCUGGGCAUUUCAUUCACGAGCAUUGGCGUGCUUUUUGGCGUGCACAGGACGACAGUGAGACGCAUCUUCUUUUUCAUUUUGAGGAACCUGAGCUCUGCCACAAGCUCUUGGAUUCCACAUCCAUCUCUCUUCGCGGUACAGGCAACGAUGCCAGAGUGCUUCAAAGCACACUAUCCUAGGUGCCGGUACAUUAUUGACUGCACCGAGGUGAGGACGGAAACUCCUGCAACAAUAGAACAACAGCGGGCACUCUUUUCACAUUACAAAGGAUGCCACACGGUUAAGUUCUUAAUUGCCAUUCUUCCCAAUGGAACUGUCACCUUUAUCUCGGAUGCAUAUGGGGGUCGGACGUCGGACACUUACAUAACCAUAGACUCUGGGUUUUUGGAACACAUAGAACCAGGAGAUGUUGUGCUGGCCGACAAAGGCUUUCCCGGAAUCAAGGCGCCAGUUGAAAACAAGCAUGGGGUUAUGGUGUUUCCCCCAUUUUCGAAAGGCCAGUUGCAGUUCACAAAUGAGGAGAUGGAGAUGACGUAUCAAGUUGCACAGGUGCGAAUUCAUGUCGAGAGGGCCAUUCAGAGGGUCAAAGUUUUCAAUAUCCUUAAUAGCAGAGUCCCGACCGAACUUAUUCCUAGUAUGACGGACAUUGUACGCAUGUGCUGCGUACUCGUGAAUUUGCAGCCACCAAUUAUUGCAAAAUGACUCUGCGACCUA